CUCUAGCCCCGCCUCCGUCUCUUCUCUCCAUUCGGCUCCACAGGUGCCUGCCCCAGCCCAGUUUCAGGGCCAAUCCGUCCCAGCCCCGCCUCUCAGUGUCUACGCCCACUGCGCUAGCUCCGCCCUUGUCUCGCCUUAGCCCUAGCCUACUCGCAGGCUUUCGGCGCAGGGCCCGCCCCCGCUCCGCCCUGGCUGGUCCUCGCUCCAUUCUGGUCCCUCCCCUCCCUUGACCCGCCGACCGCACGGCCCAUCCCGGACCCAGUCCACCCCCAACUUCUUCCUUCGCCGAUUUCUGUCCCUCCGGGGCCGCCGUCGCCGUCUCCCAGCAACGGCAGCUGCAGGGCCACUGCUUGGGGCUGGCCGAGCUAUGAACCGGCCUGGGCGCACGGUCCAAGGCUCGCUGCUGUCCGCGCCGCUGCCGCUCACGGCGCUUCACCACCUCUAUGCCUGGGUGGACAGCGUGCCCUUCAGCCGCCCAAAGCGCCACCUGGCCCGGGACUUCAGCGACGGCGUGAUGAUUGCAGAGAUUGUGAAACACUUUCAACCCAAACUUGUGGAAAUGCACAACUACGUUCCUACCAGUAACACCGAGCAAAAGCUGAGCAACUGGAGCACUCUGAACAGGUGCCCAUUGAUUGAGCUGGCAGGAGAAGCAGGAGGUGAUAUCUGUGAGGCUUGUUCGAGGCUGACAGAAAAGGAAGACAUUCGGAAGGUUGUCAUCAGUGCCCCGGGGGCCAUUGAGUCUGUACUGUCUACAUUGAGGCAGAAAGUAGAAGAAAAAUGCCAAAGGAAGGCCAUCCAAGAGGCCAGGCUGACCUUGAAGGACCCCACUGGAUUUGACAGCAUUAACAUCAACAGACACUUGGCAGAGUUGGAAAACUGCAAAUCUGCCGAAUACCCGACUAUCAGGGUACCCUUGGGCAAGAAGACAAUUCCUAGUCAGAAAGGAGAGGAGAGAGGCAGCGACCACUCUGGGAGGCAGGACCCAAACUUCAGCCAGUGCCCACACAAUGAGCCCAACUUCCAGCAGCUACUGGAGCAGAAGGAGCAGGCUCUCACCAUGCUACAGGAGACAGUGCAGAUUCUACAGAUGAAAGUGCAUAGGCUCGAACACCUGGUCCAGCUGAAGGACAUGAGAAUUGAAGACCUGACUAGACACCUGAACACCCCCAAAUAAGGGAGAAGCAUUCUGUCCGGUUCCUUCUUCCUGUGGUCAGAUCCUGCUGCUGAAAAGUGACCUGGGAAGAACUGAGGGGAUCUGGACGGCAGCAGUGCCCCUUCUCCUCUGGGGGCUGACUGCCAUAGUUCGCCUCCUCCCUCCUUCCCCCUCCUUCCCUUCUUCCUCCCUCCCUUCCUUCCUUCCUUCCUCCCUUCCCUCCUUUCCU